AAAAAAAAAAAAAAAAACAUCCACAGCUCAGCCCCUAUCAACACACAGGCCCUUAUCAAUGCACAAUUCUUGCCUUGUUUAUUGACAGACAUGCACAGGACCUUUCCUGACAACGUCCUCUUCCAAAGUAAAGCAGAACCGAGCCUGCAGAAGGCUCUGUACAACGUGCUGCUGGCCUAUGGACACCACAAUAAAGAAGUUGGGUACUGUCAGGGCAUGAACUUCAUCGCAGGCUACCUCAUGAUCAUCACAAAAGAUGAAGAGAAGUCCUUCUGGCUCAUGGACGCACUGUUGGGCAGAAUGCUGCCAGACUUCUACAGCCCGGCCAUGUUGGGCCUGAAGACAGAUCAGGAGGUUCUCGGGGAGCUGGUGAAGGCUAAAGCUCCUGCGGUAGGACAGCUCAUGGACCAGUAUCCUGGUAUAUGGACACUGGUGGUGUCUCGCUGGUUCAUCUGCCUCUAUAUUGACAUACUCCCCAUUGAGACAGUUCUGCGGGUCUGGGAUUGUCUUUUCUACGAGGGCUCCAAGGUUCUUUUCCGUGUUGCUCUGACUCUCAUAAUUCACCACCAGCCGGAGAUCCUGAGAGCUCGCUCUUUGACCGAUGUGUGCGAGUGCUUCAAACAAAUCACCAGUGGAGCUUUCACUCUGGACUGCCACACCUUCAUGCAGAAAAUCUUUACAGAACCUGGGAGCCUGUCAAUGGCAACUAUAAAUAAACUGAGGGAGAAAUGCCGACAGCGAAUACUGGAGGAAGAAUAUGGACGGCCGUGAAGUUUUGGAUCCACUAUGUAUCCCUUUGGCUUUCAUUCAGUGUAAGGACGUUAACACUGUACUAUCAGGAACAAUUAACUAUUACCAAAUGGACAUACUGCUGGGUUUUUUUGUUUGUUUGUUUGGUUGUCUCUGUUAAAACAGCUAUUUCACACUCCAGUACCAGUGAACUGGAUAUCUGAAGGAUGUGCUCAAGCUUCCUCACUAAUGUAGAUUUUGUAUUUUUUACCUUGUCUUUUGUUUAUGGUCCCAUAUUCUGCUGCUAGAUACUCCAAGACCAAAGUAUUUCAAUCUGCCAUGCUUUUAAUUACUUGCACUAUAGUAGUGUUUCUUUGUUGUAGUAUGGUCAUUUGUUUUGUUGUUGUGGAGAACGGAGAAAAAAGGGAAUUGUUGCUCACCUGAAACACUAUUGUAACCAUCCAUUUCUCUUUCUGAAGUAAAAUCAGACGUCCUAAUUUACAGAA